UGCUUCCUUCAUCAUUUCCGGGAUCUUGGCAGUCAUAUUUAGAACUGUGACCGCGCCAGUGGAAAGGGUUAAAUUAAUUUUACAGACACAAGCGAGUAGCCAUCAAAUAGGACACGGGAAACGAUCCGCAUACUCUGGCAUUUUAAACGCACUUGUUAGAAUACCCAAGGAGCAGGGGUUCGCGUCUUUGUGGCGCGGGAAUCUUCUCAAUAUCUGCCGAUAUUUUCCAGCCCAAGCGAUUAACUUUUCCUUUUACAAUCUCUACUACGAGAUCUUUCAAAAAGUUCGUCCGACAGGUUAUCAACGAGAUUAUCCAUUUUUCAUGCGUCCUUCUUUCAAAUUUACGCGCGUAAACAUCGUACAGUGUUGCGUAGAUGCUUGGACCGAAGACGAGUUGCAGUCACAUCGUUGCGCCAUUCUUGUCCGGCGGUGCCGUCGGCUGCACCUCCUGCACAAUUCUUUACCCCCUUCAUUUCUGCAAUACUCGAAUAACUGUAGACGUCGGUGAUAACAAUAUAAUUAAGAGAGAAUUCCACGGGCUCAACGACUGCAUAAGUAAAAUUUACAAAAGCGACGGCUACAGAGGAUUUUAUCGAGGGAUGACCCUCUCGAUGUGCGGGCUGUCUUUGUACAGGUCCAUUUACUUUGGUGCAUAUAUAGUUGGUAAACGAGGAUAUAUGAACAAUUAUGCAACCGAUCCUCCGACAGGAAGCGCGCCAUUUUUGAUAUCACUGACUAUUGCUCAGUUAGCGUCUUAUCUCGCGUUAAUUGUAUCCUAUCCCUUGGACACGAUAUCCAGACAAAAAAUGCUUUGGAGCGGACGCGAAGCAGGAAAUUACGUGUCGGCGCGUCAAGUGAUCAGUACUAUCAUAGAGAAAGACGGCUCGGUUGGUUUUUAUAGAGGCGUCUCUGCUAAUUUAAUAAGCGCUGUUUGCGGGUCGUUAAUUCUGGUUACAUACGAUAUAAUUAAGGAACGUUUUAACCAGCUAAUGGAACCCAAGAACACGAAAUCCGAGAUUUGAAGAUCGUUAAGAGGCACGAAUGUGUCGAUACAAGGUUUUAAAACUACGUAUCGUCCAGUUGCAUUUACAAAAAUUGUAUUCCCAGUGAUAUAAUUAUACAAAAUUAAAUAUCGAAAGAAGUUCAAGCGAGUUUUAACAGUCGAAAUAAAAAAAAAAAAAAAAAAAAGAAAAUGUUCAAAGCUGAAAGUUUGAAUUCUCUUUUUUUCAAAAUUGACUUUUCUUAAAAAGAGCGACGGAGAAAAAUGUCAUAAAAAUCAGCGUGAUAA